AUGGCCAAGGAUCAGUCCAAGAAGCGUUCUACUCUUGCCGACGUUGUUACCCGCGAGUACACCAUCCACUUGCACAAGCACGUCCACGACAGACAAUUCAAGAAGCGUGCUCCCCAUGCCGUCAAGGCCAUCAAGACCUUCGCUCAGAAGACCAUGGGUACCGCUGAUGUCCGUCUUGACCCCUCCUUGAACAAGGCUGUCUGGUCCCACGGUAUCAAGAAGGUUCCCCACCGCAUCCGUGUCCGCAUUGCUCGCAAGCGUAACGAUGAUGAGGACGCCAAGGAGAAGCUCUACUCUUAUGUUUCUUUCGUUCCCGUCACCUCUUUCAAGGGCUUGGAGACCGCUGUUGUCGAUGACGAGUAA